CUUACUGGGAUUACAGAACAAAGAGCCUCCCGCGCCCCGCGCCCCGCCCUCCGCCGCAGCCCGGGAGGGGCCCGCGCCCCGCACCCCAUCGCCGGCCGGGCCGGGCGCCGCCGGCCGAGCGCUUGGGGAUCCCCCGAGGUGACCAUGGCCCUUUUGGGCAAGCGGUGUGACGUCCCCCCCAACGGCUGCGGGCCUGACCGCUGGACUGCCCCCUUCGGCCGCAAGGACGAAAUCAUCACCAGCCUGGUGUCUGCCUUAGACUCCAUGUGCUCUGCGCUUUCCAAGCUGAACGCAGAGGUGGCCUGUGUGGCGGUGCACGAAGAGAGUGCCUUUGUGGUGGGCACGGAUAAGGGCAGAAUGUUCCUCAACGCCCGCAAGGAGCUCCAGUCCGACUUCCUCAGGUUCUGCCGAGGGCCCCCGUGGAAGGAGCCGGAGACAGAGCACCCCAAGAAGAUGCCACGGGGUGAGGGCGGCAUCCGGAACAUUCCACGGUCCUCCCUGGAGCACGGCUCAGACGUCUACUUGCUGCGGAAGAUGGUAGAGGAGGUGUUUGAUGUUCUUUAUAGCGAGGCGCUGGGCAGGGCAGGCGUGGUGCCGCUACCCUAUGAGCGGCUACAGCAGGAGCCAGGGCUGCUGGCAGUGCAGGGGCUCCCCGAAGGCCUUUCCUUCCGCCGCCCAGCCGAGUACGACCCUCCUGCGCUCAUGGCCAUCCUGGAGCAUAGCCACCGCAUCCGCUUCCGGCUCAAGAGGCCUCCAGAGGACAGUGCUCGGGACUCCAAGGCCCUGGUGGAGCUCAACGGCCUGUCGCUGACCCCCAAGGGCACCCGGGACUGCAGCCUACACGGCCAGCCCCCCAAAGGCGUGCCCCCCGAUCUGCCCCCACCCACCGCCACCUCGCUGCCCGGCUUCCUGCGCCCGGGCCUGGCCGCCCGAGAGCUCAAACAGGAGCCACCUGCCUGCCCACCAGCCCCCGGCGAGCUGGGCCGUCCCCUGCCCGAGCCCAAGGCCCCCGCCGCCCAGGACUUCCCUGAAUGCUGUGGACAGAAGCCCCCGGGUCCUGGGGGGCCUCUCAUUCAGAAUGUUCACGCCUCCAAACGCAUCCUCUUCUCCAUCGUCCAUGACAAGUCAGAGAAGUGGGACGCCUUCAUCAAGGAGACCGAGGACAUCAACACGCUGCGGGAGUGCGUGCAGAUUCUCUUCAACAGCAGAUAUGCGGAGGCCCUGGGCCUGGACCACAUGGUCCCUGUGCCCUACCGGAAGAUCGCCUGUGACCCCGAGGCUGUGGAGAUCGUGGGCAUCCCGGACAAGAUUCCCUUCAAGCGGCCCUGCACCUACGGGGUCCCCAAGCUGAAGCGGAUCCUGGAGGAACGUCACGCCAUCCACUUCAUCAUCAAGAGGAUGUUUGAUGAACGGAUUUUCACAGGGAACAAAUUUACCAAAGAUCCCACAAAGCUGGAGCCUGCCAGCCCGCCUGAGGACACCUCUGCUGAGGGCUCACGUGCCACCCUGGAGCUGGGGGUGCCUGCCCGGUCAGACAAAAGCAGCCUCUUGGACGACUGUGGACCAGGGACCUCCGGGGAGCUGGGUGGCUUGAGGCCUAUCAAAAUGGAGCCCGAGGAUCUGGACAUCAUCCAGGUGACCAUCCCAGACCCAUCGCCAGCCACCGAGGAGAUGACAGACUCCGUGACGGGGCACCUGCCCUCAGAAGAUUCCGGUUAUGGGAUGGAGAUUCUGACUGACAAAGUCCCCAGCGAGGACCCACGGCCGGAGGAGAGGCCCCCAGAGGACAGCCACGGCGACAUGAUCCGGCCCCUGAGGAAGCAAGUGGAGCUGCUCUUCAACACGAGAUACGCCAAGGCCAUCGGCACCUCAGAGCCUGUCAAGGUCCCCUACUCCAAGUUCCUCAUGCACCCUGAGGAGCUGUUCGUGGUGGGGCUGCCCGAGGGCAUCUCCCUGCGAAGACCCAACUGCUUUGGCAUUGCCAAGCUCCGCAAGAUCCUGGAGGCCAGCAACAGUAUCCAGUUUGUCAUCAAGAGGCCAGAGCUGCUCACGGAGGGAGUCAAGGAACCUGUCACCGACAGCCAAGAGAGGGAAUCCGGGGACCCCCUUGUGGACGAGAGCGUGAAGAGACAGGGUCUUCAAGAGAGUUAUGAUGCCAGGCUGUCGAGGAUUGACAUCGCCAACACGUUGCGGGAGCAGGUGCAGGACUUGUUCAAUAAGAAAUACGGGGAGGCCCUGGGCAUCAAGUACCCGGUGCAAGUACCUUACAAGCGCAUCAAGAGCAACCCCGGCUCAGUCCUCAUUGAGGGGCUUCCCCCCGGGAUCCCUUUCCGCAAGCCCUGCACCUUCGGCUCCCAGAACCUCGAGCGCAUCCUGGCAGUGGCAGACAAGAUCAAGUUCACUGUUACCAGGCCUUUCCAAGGACUCAUCCCAAAGCCUGACGAAGACGAUGCCAACAGGCUGGGGGAGAAGGUGAUUCUGCGGGAGCAGGUUAAGGAGCUCUUCAACGAGAAAUACGGUGAGGCCCUGGGCCUGAACCGCCCCGUGCUGGUUCCCUACAAGCUGAUCCGGGAUAGCCCCAACGCCGUGGAGGUGACAGGCCUACCCGAUGACAUCCCCUUCCGGAAUCCCAACACCUAUGACAUCCACCGGCUGGAGAAGAUCCUUAAGGCCCGGGAGCACGUGCGCAUGGUCAUUAUCAACCAGCUCCAGCCUUUUGCAGAAAUCUGCAGUGACUCCAAGGUGCCAGCCAAAGACAGCAGCGUCCCCAAGCGCAAGAGGAAGCGGGUGUCGGAAGGGAACUCUGUGUCCUCCUCGUCCUCAUCUUCCUCAUCCUCAUCCUCCAACCCAGAGUCUGUGGCCUCCACCAACCAGCUCUCCCUCGUGAUAGAAAGGGAGAGACAAAGAUGGAGAGAGGGGAGAACCCCACAGCACCGCUGCACUGAUUAUGAAGCUUCCCCCAUGCAGGUGCACCUAUGUGGUGGCCCGGGGCUCAAACCCGGAUCCUCAUGCAUGCAGUGGCCCAUGUACAUGGUGGACUACACUGGCCUGAACGUGCAGCUGCCCGGACCCCUGAACUACUAGCCUCGCCCACCCUGCCCCCGCUGACGGACCUCACUCAGCAAGACCCCAGGAACUGUAAUUUAUGUACAAAGUGUAUAUUCGGAUAUGUAUCGAUGCCUUUUAGUUUUUCCAAUGAUUUUUACACUAUAUUCCUGCCGUCAUGGCCUUUUUUGAAUAAGUAAAAGAAAAAAGAGAAAAAAAAAA